AUGACCCCCGACGCCGAUGGCUCUACAGACGGCACGAGCGCUGCCUCGAUCGGCCGUCGAGCUGCAUCCCUUCGUCAAGAAGGCAACGACGCCUUCAAGCGUCAGCACUUUGACCGCGCCAAAGCCCUCUACUCUCACGCUCUUGCGCUGCAGCCUCGCAAUCAUUUGCUCUACAGCAACCGAUCUGCUGCAUGUUACCACCUGAACGAGUUCGAAACCGCAUGCGCCGAUGCCGACACAGCCAUUGCCAUUGCACCCGCGUGGCCCAAAGGGUAUCUGCGCAAAGCAGCGGCCUGCGAAGCCUUAGCGCGUCUGAGCGACGCGAUCGACGCCUUGGAAACGGUGUUGCAGGUGAAGGCACCCGAUCACUUGACGUUUGUAUCGAGACAGAAACUCGCGACGCGCGUGCGGGACCUAAAACAACGGCUGUCGUCGACCCAAAUUACGAGCGAACGCCCCGUUUACGUACAGAACAAGCCGGAAAGCCAGAUGGCAUUGCAGCACAAUAGCAGCUCCGCAAAUCGGACGCGGCUUCGGUCGUGGCCAUUGAUGUUGCAGCAGUUACUUAGUGGCUGUAACCAACGAGGAGUGAACCGACAGGGCGAGCAAGUGGUGCUCGACGACGGCGUGUUCGCCAAGUUACUGAACGAACGCGCGUUCCAGCAGUUGGUCUACCCGGGCAUUCCGUCGGACCAGUUGCGCCAUGCCCCAACGAAUCUGCAGGCGUUGCUGACGGAUCCGUGGUACGAACAGGAACUGUUGGCGCUCAUGCCAAAAGUGCAGGCCAAAGCGACCCGUGUGUUGGCGAACGUCAAGCAACGCGGGGCUGAGCAGGGAGAGGUCAUGGACACGAGGACGGAGCGCGUGCUCGUGCCGCAAGUGUUGCAGGAAGCGUUUGGCCGAGAAGUGCUGGCAAUGGUGCACCGCGUGAACCAUCAGAAACACGUUCGGUUGGCAAACGACGAGAGGUCGUUAGCUGAUCCGAAGGCAGAUUUUGCGACGUGGGACCAACUUGACGACGACUUUUUGGACGAGUUGUUGCUCGACAAUCGCAGUGCCGUACGUGGCGUGGCAGCGAUGGACGGCUUUAUGGGCGAAGAAUGGACGCAACUGCUGCUCAACGACGUGCGCAGAAUGGCCAGCAGUGGUCUGUUGAUGACGGCGGCGCCACAUAUUGAUGCAAAGCACGUGUUGUGUCAGCAAUCGGGAGGACGGCAUGAGAAGAAUGUAGUACCGGGGGCAAACCUUCGCUUUGUGGAGCAUCAGAACUGCGUGGUGGAGUACCCGGCACUGGCCGAGUUGAUCGAGCAGCUGCAUGCGUUGCCCUACGAGAUGAACAAGAAGCGGAGGAACAAGGUGAAGUUAUGUGCCCACUUUGUACACUGCUCGGCUGUUCAGCAGCUGCGAGCUGGACACUACCAGCCUCUUCGUCUCGAUUGUGGAGCCGGUGACAAGGACAAUGGGUUCAAGUUGACGUGCGUGUACUUUUUCAACAACGUGCAAGUACCUGCGAUAGGUAACACCGAUGCACAGCAAACAUAUCUCCAGCUCCGAACAGCGCUAGUCGGGAAUGCUUCAGUGCGGCAGAUCGAACCGAAAGCAGAUCGCUUGGUUCUUUUCCAGAGUCAGUCUGUAUUCAACGAGAUCACAAGUGUCCCAGAUGGCGAAGAACUGUUCUACCUGACGUUUUGGAUCCACGGACAAGCUCUGGCGUAG